AUGUACGGCGAUCUAGGUAACAAGUUGGUGCAACAUGCCAAACGGACCCAAAAUCUUGCACACUUACCAGCGUACCAAGCCGAGAUGGUACGCGCUGUUACGCGAGAAGUCAGAGACCUUGAUAAAGAUGUGACCGAGCUACUGGAACCUUUCCAGGGCUCCUUCGACCCAUCCGCAGACCAAGCAACGGCAUGUACGGUGCUGGUCAACUACCUCUCGAUGCGAAGAAACAAACGUUGCCUCCUCGCCUACCAUCGAACGCGAACCGACAAACUUGAAGAGCUUGCAUGGAGGGGAGUGGACGUUCUCGAUUUGUCCGGCCAGCAGGUACGAGGCAAUGCAGGAUCGACAACCAGCGGGCUCAAUGGGAACGCCGACGGCCCAACGAGCAGUCUGAGUCCGCAGGAGGAGGAAUACGCGAGACAAUAUGGCGACCUACUGGCCGCCUACAAGGGCCAGUGGACGGAUAUUGAUUUGACGGGCAGCUUGGAGCCACCACGAGAUCUCUUCAUCGACGUGAGAGUCUUGAAGGAUGCGGGGGAGAUACAAACCGAGUACGGCGCCAUCAACUUGACCAAGAACAGCCAGUUCUAUGUGAGGCAGGGUGAUGUGGAGCGGCUCAUAGCGCAGGGUUACCUGCAAAAGCUCAGCUGA